AUGUCGACCGUAAAUGUUUUAAGAUACUCUGCCUUGGGUUUGGGGUUGUUUUUCGGUUUUAGAAAUGAUAUGAUUCUGAAGUGUAAUGCCAAAAAGAAAGAGGAAGAAGCGCAGUACGAAAAAAAAUUGAGGUUGGUGGACGAAGCAAGGAAGGAAUACGCCAAAUUGCAGCCUGUAGUGACUCCUAAGGACGCACCCAAAACCACAUCAGUCAAUUUGGAAGAUCCUAACAUUGAUUUCGAAAAAGUUAUUCUUAACGCCGUUGAAUCCUUGAAGGAAACCUCAACAUAA